AUGGCUACUUUGAGGAACCCGACUUUGCACUUUUCCUUAGAUCGUCCUUUUGGAAUUUAUUUUGAUGACUAUUUUAGACAAGCUUAUGCCUUAGUAACAGGGAAAAAUCCAAAUGAUUUCGCAUUUACUGAAGGAGUUACUCCACUUUCCACUAGAUACGAAGUUGUAAUUGCAUGUAUUACAUAUUUUGCUAUUGUAUUUGGAGGACAAGUAUUUAUGAAAAAUCGGACAGUUAUCAAACUUAGAUUUAUUUUCCAAGUUCACAAUUUAUUGUUGACAUUGUCUUCGCUUGCGCUUCUGAUACUAUUUGCGGAGCAAUUGAUUCCAAUAGUAUUUCGUAAUGGAAUUUUUUAUGCUGUAUGUAACAAUGAUGCAUGGACUCAACGAUUAGAAUUGUUAUAUUAUCUUAAUUAUCUAGUAAAGUAUUGGGAACUAAUUGAUACUGUCUUUUUAGUUUUGAAAAAAAAGGAACUCGAAUUUCUACAUGUCUAUCAUCAUAGUAUGACGAUGGCUUUAUGCUUUUCACAAUUGGAAGGUACAACUUCGGUGUCGUGGGUUCCAAUCACUCUUAAUCUCCUAGUUCAUGUGUUUAUGUAUUAUUAUUAUUUCCGAGCUGCAGGAGGAGCAAGGAUUUGGUGGAAAAAAUAUCUCACAACUAUGCAAAUAGUUCAAUUUAUAAUUGAUCUGUUCUUUGUGUAUUUUUGUUCUUACACUUAUUUCACUGCUACCUACUGGCCUUGGAUGCCAAAUUAUGGUUCAUGCGCCGGAAGCGAGAGUGCUGCCAUUUUUGGAUGUGCGCUUUUGAGUAGCUAUUUGCUUUUAUUCAUUGGAUUUUAUAAGAAAACUUACAAGAAAGGAGCUACUGCUACCAAAGCUAAAAUACAACCAAAAGUUGAAUAA